AUGGGUAAGAGAUUUGAAACAAUUGCUGCAACAGCUUGUAUGACAACUCUUUUGAUGCUGUUCAAUUUUGUUUUUUGGUGCACGGGAAUCGCGAUGCUAUGUGUCGGAAUAUUAAUGCGGAUACAACUUCGUGAUUAUGUUGACAUGAGUGUUGAAGGAAGUGGUGCAGCCUUACUUGGCCUGGCUUGUUUGGGAGGUCUGGUAGUUCUUGCUGCAACUCUUGCCUGUUGCUGUACCGCACGCGGACAUCCGGCUUUGUUGUAUCUGUAUGGUGGAUUCCUAGCGGUCGUGGCAUUAUUGGAACUAGGUGCGGGUGCAUCUGUUUAUGCUUAUCGAACCACACUAACUGAGGGCUUUGAUCAAGGAUUAAAUGACAGCAUGGCACUUUAUGGAAUCGAUAAAGCUAAAAGCGCUCAUAUUGAUGUCAUGCAAUCAACGCUUCACUGUUGCGGAAAUCGAGCUUAUACUGAUUGGUCUGAAAUGAAGCCUCCGAAGAAAAUUCCCCAGACUUGCUGCAAAUCCCGCGACAAGUGUGCCAUUGACAACAUAAAUGACAUUUACGAUGAAGGCUGUUACGACCUGGUGAUCGAUUUUAUUAAUAGUAAUAUUGGUCUGGUAGCUGGAAGUGCUGUCGGGGUGGCUUUCUUCCCAUUGAUUGGAGUAUUUUUGGCAUGUUGCCUCGCAAGUAAUAUUAACAAAGCUAAGUACGAGCAAGUGGCUUAA